AUGGGAUUCGUUGUGCUGCCAGCGAGCAUUCCCGACAUUCGCAAAGUGUACGAUGUCUACUUCGCCGCCUUCGAGAACAGUUUCAUCACACGCCUGCUCUUUCCAUGGGAUGUGACUAGCGAAGAAUUCAGGAAAGGUCACACGGCUCAUACACUCGAUUACUGGCACAAAGACACCGUUCAGUACACGUGCAAAUGUGUCGAUACCGACACGGACGAGAUUGUUGGCAUGGGACUGUGGGACGUUCACUGGAAAGAACGAAAAGGAGGUGCGACGAAACCUGCUGUUGACUGGUUGGAAGGUGACCAGAGGCGGCGGGCGGAAGACUUGAUUGUUCCCUUAUGGGAGAAGAAGGAAGAGCUUCUUGGACCGGCCAAGCAUGUUUACUGCCAUGUCAUCGCUGUCGACCCCAAGUAUCAGCGCAGAGGCAUAGGCGCUAUGUUGACAAAAUGGGGUGUGGAUGUUGCGGAGCAGCUGCAAGUACCGGCAUAUCUGGAGGCUACUGACGAGUCUGUCAGUGUCUACCGCAAACAAGGUUUCGGGGUCUUGAGCAAGGGAGUACGCAUCAAGGCAGAACUCAUGGACGCAGAACACGACGCCGAUGCCCCAAUAAUGGCCAGAAUGCCGUCCUCUGCAGGGGACUUGAAAUUUGAAGACUGGGUGCAGCAGGGCCGUCCACCUCUGACCACGAGAAACUGA